GCCUGUUAGUUCGCACCCGGGCAACACACAGCCGCACGUACACUUACAAACAUCGUAAACAAUUUGAUCAAAGCUGUGCGACAGACAAACAGUGCCAUAUGUGUUGUGUUAUAUUUUUCUUUACGGAAUCCGUCGCAAAAUUCUAGGCGCGUUUCAUCAAUACUGUACAUCAAGAAGUUUCUUUUCGGAGGCAUCGGGUAUGAACAGACCAACUGCGUGGAUUACACAUCACCACGAACACUAACAUAAACAAUUUUAUCUGGAUGUACACUAUCCCGUUACUUUUGACAGAAAAACAACGCGAUUAUUUGAUAAUAAAGUAUUUAAAGUGAUUGGGUUGCGGGUUUUAGUACUUCCAUAUGCUCGUCUGCUCGUAACAGGUGGAGCUCGCUUCACUUCAUCACACGGCCGGUGAAGUGGCAUAUAUGGGCAACCAGGUUGACAAACUGUCACACUUAAGUUACGCCGAAGUUCCCACGAGCGACCCCAACGGACUUGACACCGAGGACGACGGCCCGCGGAUCGGGGUCUCGUACAUUUUCGCGAGCGACGACGACGAGCUGGACGAUCAUAACCUCCAUCAUCUUGAUGGACCAGAGCGGAAUAAGGAAGAGGCGCGAUGCAACGAGCUGGAAUGCGCCGUUUAUCAUCGCGACGAGUGCAUUUACGAGAGGACCGUGGCGCAGACGUUCAGCCCGGAGGAUUUAUUAAACCGAUGUAAGCCCGGGGACGUGCUGGAGUUCGUGUCCGGCAACCAAUACCCUCACUGGGCUGUGUACGUCGGCGACUUUCAGGUGGUGCACCUGCACCGGGUGGAGAUCAAGAACAGUUUCCUCACUGAUGCCAGUCAGGGCAGGAGAGGACGGAUCGUGAACGAGCUUUAUAAAUUCAAACCCCUCGGUCCCGACAUGGUGGUGCAGAACGCAAUGGAGCAAGUGGGCGCGAAGGACCGGGAGUUAAGCUGGAGGAACUCCGAGUGUUUCGCCGCCUGGUGCCGAUUCGGUAAACGGGAGUUUAAGAUGGGGGGAGAGAUACGGAUAGGAAAACAGCCGUACAGAUUAAAGCUGCUCCUGCCUGAUAAACAGUCUCACGUGCUGGAGUUUCAGAGUCUGGAGGAUUUAAUUAUGGAGAAACGGAGAAACGAUCAGAUCGGUAAAGCCGCUGUCAUUCAGGAAUUGGCUCAUCAUUUGAACAAUUGCGGAAGUUAAGCAAUUCAUUGACGCAACAGGUGCAAGCAAAAGUGAGAAUUUAUGCCAACAUACAGUACAGUACUAUAUGAUGAUAUCUGACAUCACGUAAUAUGGUGAAAAAUUCAUUUUCCUUCUGUUGGAAAUCAAAAUACUUUCAUGCACCGUUAUAAUAGGGUGAAUUCAGGUUGAUUGGGACACUUUUUGACCUUCCCUCAUGAAAAAAUGCUGUAGGCAUUUGUACUAUAAAGUAUAAUAAACUAAUAAAUUGUAGUACACUAGUAUUGCUAUAUAAUACUACAAACUCACACGCACACAAAAUAUAGUUUAUUAUAUAGUUUAUUAAAUAUAGUGUCUUAUAUAGUAUUAGUAAACAAAUAAACUGUAGUAGUGUCGUUUUAAUAUUUACUAUAGUAAGGUUUAAAAUAUAUAUGAAUUUAACUACAGCUUACUAUAGUAAAUAUGUUCAGAUGACUGUCGAAAACUGUCCCAACACUUUUUAUUGUAGUUGUUUGUUGUGGUUGGGUAAAGUAUGCAAAAUACUAAACUUUAAAGGGGACAUAUCAUGAAAAUAUGACUUUUUUCAUGUUUAAAUGUUAUAAUUAAGACCACAGUUCUUCUAUCAAAUUUAGAAAGAGUGAAAAAGAUCAACCCAGUGACUUAGUAUUGGUAAAUCAUUCUCUGCAAGCAUGUGAAAAAUAGGAUAUUAAAAUUUGGCUCCCCUUGUGAUGUCAUAAGGGGAUAAUACCGCACUAUCAAACCAUGGCACUGCCAUUUAGUGCAGAGAUCAGCUCAUUUGCAUUUAAAAGGACACACCCAAAAACGGCACAGUUUUGCUCACAGCUAAAGUGGUAAAUAAAUUAUCUAUAUAAUAUUUUCAGCUAAAACUUCACUUAUAUACUUUGGGGACACCAACGAUUUAUCUUAAAAAAGUCUUGUGAAAUGUCCCCUUUAAUAAUGGACUCCUACUUGGUCACAUUUCAGGUGUGCAGGGCAGGCCAAGCACCCGAUUUCAGCAUUUCACCAGCAUUUUGUUUCGUUUGGGGAGAUUAUGGACACACCCAACCAUAGGGCUUCAAUGAACCUGUGCUGGCAUGUGUUACCUAGCACUGCUAGGUAAAAUCUGGAAAUUUUCUGAGUUAAUUUAAACCAGCGUUAGGGUUGGAUCAAAUUUUACCCAUUAUACAAAGCAUUUUUUUCUAAAGAGAAUCUACCUGAAUUCACUCUAUAUUUUAAGUUAGAUGGUGUUGAUAAGAUGUGAGAUGUUCUCUAUGUUGUAUAAUCAAGGCUCUGUGAGUUUCAUAAAUAGCCAUAAUUUAAGAUAUGUGCUUUCAGAGUUGCACACAAAUUGCAGCAAACUGUUCAAGUAAAUGAUGACUGUGAAUCCAGCAAUCUCCUCUUUCUCCGAGUUAUUAUUUUAUAUUACAUGCAUUCAUUGGGAAACGGCCAUUCAUAGAAAAGGCACUUAUUACUAGAAGUCACUGCGGUUGAGUUGAAAGGCCACAUAUGAAAAGAACUCAUGUUAAAAAUCUGAUGGGUAUCAUGUCAUGUGGUGUUUUAAUAUUCAGCUAAUGCUUUAAGCCCUCAGGAGCCUCUUCAAUACGUUGUAAACUCUCCAUGACUUUCAUUUGUGAGGCUGCCUCGCGAAGUUGGCUUUUACUUUAAUUGUCCUCCUACUUGAGCUACUGAAUGUGUGUGAGGUGUUGCGAAGCUUUAGAAAAGAGGCUGAGGGCAACAGUUUGUGAAGAUUAUUGCAUAAAAUAACUAUAUAUUCUCCACUUUGAUCAAACACAAAAACUACAAAACUCAAAUAGGAACACUAGAAAAUGCCACAGGCACCAUUUCAUUGUAAGUAGCGACUCGCCAUUCUGUCAUCUCCGUUAUCCAAACUGGACUUUGAACCUCAUAGUUUGCUAAUGAGAAAACACCAGGUGGUCAACCUUGAAAAGCACGGAGAGUCUGCAAGGUUAACACAUUUUCACUGUGACUUAUCUGGCUGUACAGCAGUCUUGACUUCGAGAUAUGCCAUAGAUGACAUGUUUUGUUACUGGAGGCAAGGGUGUUUUAUGAUUUGAGCCCAAUCGCAUUGCCACAGGGCCGGUCUGAGUAAACACAGAGAUGCCGGGGAACAGGGAAGUAAUUACAACUGCCAUACUGUGAGUGAGUAAUGGCCACCCACAAAGACAACAAGACACGCUUUGUGAAUCAUUGGAAAGCCAACACUAUUGCCUGCUUGAGACAACAGCCCCCUAAUGAGCAGUUAGUCAGUGAUGUUUUCAAUGUGAUCCGAACCAGUGACACUCUUCUUUGUUCAGUGAGUACCAGUUUCGGCCCAAUCCUGCUGCAUAAAUGUAUAGUUUCCCAAAUAGUAGGGUCUCUCGGUUUUGCUUGAGUACUGCUUUCUGUUUGGGGAUGGAUACUGAGAAGAGCUUUUUCGGUUCACAUGGAUUUCAAAACACACUUUUAAAAGUUUGUGAAGGUUCUUUGUCAGGCUGUAUGGUUUUAUUAAAAACCUUUAAGACCACAGAACCUUUCUGUUUCACAAAAGCUUCUUUAGGGAUAAAAGGUUCCUCAGAAUAUAUAAAGGCAGGACCUGUUUUACGACUAAAACGUAAUUUUUCUCUCACGAUAAAGCCGCAUACGCAUUACAAGCAACUUUGUCACUGUGUGU